AGUCAGUUGGGUCUCGAAUGUGAAACGAUUCACAUCAAUUUCCACGUCGUUAUUUCGCUCUCUGGUGGAUUUUUUUUUUUGUUAAUUUGUUCUGUGUACAUCACCCCCUGUGGAUUUGCCUAAGGUGACGGAUUUUGCUGAGAGAGUGUAAUUAAGAGAAAAAAAAUAUUGCAAAGCCCCCGAUUGCAGAGGUGUUUUCAGUGCAUUAGCUCCGGCAAAUCAAUCAGUUUGCAAAGUUAGUGCAGAGGAGGGCAGAUUAAAUGGUGUGAACGAGAUUUGUGUGCAAUUCACGUGAAAGCACACACAAAAUAAAACAACAACAACCGACAUGUAUCGCCCAAAUUUCUACGAAUCCACGUGCCUCAGGUGCAAUGAAAUUGUAUAUCAAGUAGAUCGCGUGGGACCCCUCAAGGACUUCACAUUCUUCCACUCGGGUUGCUUCAAGUGCAUCCACUGUGGCACAAAAUUGACCCUCAAGACCUACUACAAUAAUCAACACAAGCAGGAGGACAAAGAGGUCUACUGCUCGUCACAUGUACCAAAAAGUGGUCCUGGUCACCUGGAUCAGACAUCUGUGGGGAUAAGGCAGGCGCUAAAUGUCCCCAAAACCAACAAGUUCAUCAAUGAACAAAUCAGAGGUCAGAGAACAGAUGUAGAUGGAUCCCGUCAAUCCACACCAAAUGGUUACCACAGAGGCCGUGAUUUGAAUUCAUCGGCAAACGACAGUGACUACAAAUAUGGCAGAUUUGACGCCAGUGCACUCCACAUUGCGCACGCCCUCAAGCAGACGGAAAUCCAAAAGGCCUACAACAAGAGGCGCGAGAAACCCAUUGACUUAUAUUUGGAUCGAGCUGAACAGGCACGCCUUGAGAUGAAGCAUCGAAAAGAAGAGGAUGAUCUGUACAGAAAAUUCGCACGGAAGAGAGAGGAGGAAGAUCGCAAGGUUCAGGCUGAAAUUCAAGAUGAAUGGGAACGUGAAUUGCAACGUUUGACGCACAAAUUCGAGAAGGAGCUGGCAACAUCACGACGCAGCCGAGAUGAGCAGAAUCUCCUAACAAUGCGCCAUGAGCAGCAGAAGGAGGAUCUGGAGAAGAAUAUGACGCUACGACGGAACAAGAAGAAGGAGAGCCUCACGCGGAAGAUGCUGGAGCAUGAACGAAGUGAAACAGCCGCCCUUGUGGAUCGUCAAUCGAGUGAGAUGUUGGAGCUCAUUAGUGCACGUCGUAGUGAGUACAUGCAGACCGAGAGUAUCUUCCUGGAUGAUGAAUUCACCGAGGGCACGCUACCGCUUGAGUAUCCAAAUGUGGCACCCCCACCAGCACCGCCAACAGUCAGCAAGUUCCAAAUCUACACGGAUCCCAUUGAAUUCGAGGAUGUCGAUCGGGUGGCCAUCACCGUGGCCAAGGAGGAUCAGAAAACCUUCACGGAUCUCGUGCGGCAGCUCGUGGGACGAUGUACGAGUGACAUUGAGAAGGCCAGGACAAUCUUCCGUUGGAUAACAGUUAAAAAUCUCAACACAAUGCACUUUGAUGAUGAUCUCCGCGGUGAUACACCAAUGGGACUCCUCAGGGGCAUCAAAUACGGCACCGAAAGUUACCACGUUCUCUUCAAGCGACUCUGCAGCUACGCCGGACUCCAUUGUGUCGUCAUCAAGGGCUACUCCAAGAGUGCUGGCUAUCAGCCGGGUGUACGCUUCCAGGAUUCACGUUUCCGCAAUUCCUGGAAUGCCGUCUACGUGGCCGGUGCAUGGCGUUUUGUGCAGUGCAAUUGGGGUGCAAGGCAUCUGGUGAAUGCCAAGGAAGCCCCCAAAACGGGUCGUGGGAAAAAUGACAGCCUUCGCUAUGAGUACGAUGAUCACUACUUCCUCACGGACCCACGGGAGUUCAUCUACGAAUUCUUCCCGCUGCAGGAGGAAUGGCAGCUACUAAAGCGCCCCAUUACACUCAAAGAAUUCGAAAAUCUCCCCUUUGUGCGAUCCCUCUUCUUCCGCUAUGGGCUGCAUUUUGCCGACGAGGGCUACGGUGCUGUGGUAUUCACUGAUGACACUGGAGCAGCCACAGUACGGAUCGCCAUGCCUGCUGACAUGCAGGGCUGCCUUAUCUUCCACUACAACCUCAAGUUCUACGACAGUGAGGAAGAUUCCUACGAUAGUGUAUCUCUUAAGCGCUUCGUAAUGCAGUCAGUUAUUGGGAAUAUUGUGGCAUUCAGAGUCCAUGCACCGUGUUCAGGGGCUUUUCUCCUGGAUAUCUUUGCCAAUGUGGUCACACCGCAGGAAUACUUGACCGGGGAACCCAUGAAGUUCAAGUCUGUGUGCAAAUUUAAGAUUUGCUGUGAGGAACUUCAGACAGUCAUGGUACCCCUUCCGGAUUGUGCGAGUGGCGAAUGGGGUCCCACAAAAGCCACUCGUCUCUUUGGCCUUGUGCCAAUUACUCAUCAGGAACCUCUAAUAUUCGCUGGAAGGAUAAUUGAAUUGCAAUUCCGCAUGUCAAGGCCACUCACGGACUUUAUGGCCACGCUGCAUAAGAAUGGCAUUGAAGAGAAGAAACUGUCCAAGUACAUUUCCCACAGCAUCAUUGAUGAUGUCGUUACAUUUACAAUUAGCUUCCCUGAGGAGGGUCAGUAUGGGUUGGAUAUUUACACGCGAGAAGUGGGCUCGGUGUCGCAUUAUCACAACAAUAAUUCCUCCAGCGAAAAGCAUUUGCUCACCCAUUGCUGUAAAUACCUAAUAAAUUCAUCAAAGCGCAACUGAAUCUCCCGGAAUGGACAAAAGAAUUCCGGGCAACAGUCGAGCGUUUGUUUUUUUCUCGUUAACAGAUCCUAACUCGCUCUGAAAACUCUCUCUCUCUCUUCACAACGAUAUGGUGCUAAUCGAUCAAAAUAUUCCCCCCAAAUGAUCAACUUUUAGUUUGAUGAUAAAAUGAGAAAAGAAAAAUAUUUUGUGACUUCAUAUUGCGACUAAAACACCCCUUCCCAGUUAUUUACACUGUACAUAAUUGAGACAAAAAAUGUAUAUUAUUAGAAAACAAUCAAAUAAACCUCUAUUCUCGCA